UCCGCCACCGGAUCCUUCCCCCCCGGCGCCGCUGCCGCCGCCUCCUCCGGGCCCGCUCCGGCCUCGGACCCCCGGGAUCCCCCCCCACACCCCGGGACCCCCCCCCCCCCCCCCGGGACCCCCGGCCCCGCGAUGUGGCUCUUCUCCCGGGACCCCGUGCGGGAUUUUCCCUUCGAACUGGGCCCACCCGAUCCCGAGCCGGAUCCCGACCCGGCCCCGGCGGUGGACGCGGCCCCGGCUCCGCUUUGGCGGCUGCUGCGGGGGAGGCGAAAGGCGGACGGGGCGCCCGUGUCGGUGUUCGCCCACAGCUUGGGGACGGGGGACGCGGCCGCCACCCCCCUGGCCCGGGCGGCCUUGCGGCGCCUGCGCAGCCUGCGGCACCCCAACGUGCUGGGUUACCUCGACAGCCUGGAGACGGAGCAGUGCCUCUACCUGGUGACGGAAGCGGUGACGCCGUUGCGCCGGCACCUGCGGCUGCGGCCCCCGACGGGCGACCUGGGGGAGCAGGAAGUGGCCUGGGGGCUGCACCAGCUCCUGACGGCGCUGGCGUUCCUGGGGGGCUCGGGGCUCGUGCACCACGCGCUGGGGGCCGACGCCAUCUUCGUCGACCCGGGGGGCGACUGGAAACUCGGGGGGCUGGAGCGGGUGGCGGCAGCCAGCGAAGGGGUCCCCCCCCGGCCCCCCGGCGUCCCCCCCCGGCCCCAGGAUCCCCCCGAAUUUGGUGACUCUUCACGAGGGCGGGGUGAGCCCUGGGCGGGGGACAUGUGGCGCUUGGGCUGCCUCAUCUGGGAGGUCUUCAACGGCCCCCUGCCCCGACCCGCCGCCCUGCGCAGCUUCGGCAAGCUGCCGGCAGGGUUGGUCCCCCCGUUCUGCGAGCUGGUGGCCGCGGAGCCGUCGGCGCGGCCGGGACCGGAGCAGCUCCUGAAACGGCUGCAGCGGCCGGGAGCCUUCCUCGCCUGCCCCCUCGUGCGCACCGGCCUCUUCCUCGAGCAGCUGCAGGUCCGGGACCCCUCGGAGCGCCGCACCUUCCUGCAGGAGCUCAGCACCCUCCUGGAUUCCCUUCCCGGCCCCUUCCUGCGCCACAAACUUCUGCCCCGGCUGCUGGCGGCCCUCGAAUUCGGCAGCGCCGACGCCAGCGCCCUACCCCCCCUCCUCAAGGUGGCGAAGGCGCUGGACCCCCCCGAAUACCAGGAGCGCGUCGUCCCCGUCAUCGUCCGCCUCUUCUCCUCCCCGGACCGGGCCCUGCGGAUGCAGCUGCUGCAGCAGCUCGAGGAGUACGUGGAGUUCCUACCCGAGGCCACGGUGGACGCCCAAAUUUUCCCCCACGUCGCCCACGGGUUCCUCGACACCAACCCCGCCAUCCGCGAGCAGACCGUCAAGUCCAUGGUGCUGCUGGCACCCAAGCUGGGGGAGGGACGUCGGGCGCGGGAGCUGCCGCGGUUGCUGCUGCGGGUGCAGGCGGGCGACGCGUUGGGACCCCUGCGAUGCAACGCCACCCUCUGCCUCGGCCGCCUCGGUCCCCUCCUGCCCCCCCAGACCCGGCAGCGGGUGCUGGCCCCGGCGCUGGCGCGGGCGACGCGGGACCCCUUCGCCCCGGCGCGGGCGGCCGCCGUCGCGGCCUUCGCCGCCACCCAUGGGUGCUACUCGCCCCAGGAGUGCGCCGGGAAGGUGCUGCCCGCUCUGUGCGGGCUCACCGCUGACCCUCACCCCGGCGUCAGGCAGCAGGCUUUCCGGGCGAUCCGCAGCUUCCUGGAUCAGCUGGAGGCGGCCGCCGAGUCCGGGGGGACCCCGGAGGGGGACCCCCCCAGCGCAGCCACCGCAGCCCCCGGGGGUCCGGGUGGGGGGGUCCCGGGGGGGUUGGGGGCCGCCGUGUCCUGGGCCGUCACCGGCGUCACCUCCCUGACGGCGCGGCUGAUGGGGGCCGAGGCCGGGGGCCCCCCCCAGACCCCGCACACCCCUGCCGAGAGCCCCCCGGCCCCCCCAAAAGCCCCCCCCCCGAGGAGCCCCCCCCGGAGGACCCCGAUGGGUGGGACGACGACUGGGGCAGCUUGGAGGACAUGGAGCUGCCCCGGAGCCCCCCUGCGAGCAGCGAGGAGGAUGGGGGACCCCCCCCCCCAACAACCCCCUGCACCCCCCCUCCCGCACCCCUCCCCCACUGCCCCUCCCCCCACCGGGGGGGAUGAGGAGGGGGAGUGGGGGGUGGGGGGGGAGUGGGGCACCGAGGACGCCUGGGAGACUUCGCCCUGUCAGCAGGAGCCCCCCCCUUCCCCGGGCUCGAGCCGGCGGCACCGGGAACAGCAGCGGCGCCGGGAGCUGGAGGCAAAACGCCGGGGGGGUCCCCGGGGCCCCCCCAAACUGGGGACCCGAAAACUCGACUGAGGGGCGUGGCAGGGGGCGUGGCAGGGGGCGUGGCAAUAAACCAUGGGGGCGGCAGCGCCCCCGUGUGGUGAGGGCCUGGA